AUGUUUGAGGAUUACUCCCUCAAUAUGUUCUUGCGCCAAUUCUGGAGAGAUGAACGCCUAAGCUUUGUUGGAAAGCAUAAUAAAUCAUUGAAUCUUAACUCCAUGCGUCAAAGGCUCUGGACGCCUGACCUAUAUUUCAUCAAUGAGAAAGCAGGAAAUUUCCAUACUGUAACAACACCUAAUCUUCUUCUGAGGUUAGAUCCAGACGGAAGUAUUAUGUUUAGCCAAAAUUAUGUUGGCUCUGAAAUGUUAGUUUAA